CCUUCUGCUUCAUAGAUUGAUGACACCCUCUCUUCUUUCUUUCUCCAUCUCCCAUCGAACAAUGGCACUACCCUCACCAAAACCCAUAAAUUAAACCAACCCACUUCUCAAAAUCAAAUCUUUUUCGUGGGUUUAAUUUAUCUACUUCAAUCACGUAACAAACGAUUUCAUCCAGUACUUCCCCUGUCGUAAGUUGUAACUUCUCAUAUAGUUCAUUAAUGAUUAUGUUAUGUUCAAGAUUCUAUUAUCUAGAUCUGUUUCAGUGAAAAAGAUUGUAUCUUUAUUGUAAUCCCCCUUUUGGAUUUGUUUGUAGUUUAUCAUAUUGUUGUUUGUCAGGUUAAUUCAAUAGAAAAUUAGGGUUUUAUUUUAAGAAAUCUUGAAUUGAUUAUGGUAGAGAAAGUGAGAAAGAUUGUAUCUUUGUUAUAAUUCCCUUUUGGGUUUGUUUGUGGUUUAUAGAUUUUGUUGUUGGUUAGGUUAAUUAGGGUUCAAUCUUGUACCUUUAGGAAAUUUAGGGAUUUUAGGUUUAGUUAAGAAUCUUGAAAUGGAUUAUGGUAGAGAAAGUGGAAAUGUUGUUCAGAUAAUCACCAGCGGGUCGCGAAAUGGUGGGGAUUAUUGGGGGGAUCAGCCCGUUUGGGCCACCGAGGAUGAAUACGGGGUUUGGGAUAGAGAGGCGUCUGUCGAUGCGAAUUCCAACUCGAAUUACGAUGGGCGGCAAUCGCAAACUAGAUCGGGGAGUGAACCACCGAAUAAGAAAAGAAACGGGCAGGGCGGUGAUGCACAAGCCACUAGUCGGUCGAAGGCGAUUGGGAAAAUGUUUUUCAAGACGAAGCUAUGUUGCAAGUUUCGGGCAGGUACGUGCCCGUAUAUUACGAACUGUAAUUUCGCUCAUAGUAUUGAGGAACUGAGAAGACCGCCGCCGAAUUGGCAAGAAAUCGUGGCGGCUCAUGAGGAGGAUCGGGGGGUUUCGAGUGAACCUCGGGAAGAGUAUCAAAUUCCGUCACUUGGGUCUUCCAGUUUUACGGUUGAUAGUCAGAGAUCUUAUAAAGGAAGGCAUUGCAAGAAGUUUUAUACCGAAGAGGGGUGUCCGUAUGGUGAUAGUUGCACUUUUCUUCACGAUGAGCAAUCGAAGGCGCGUGAAAGUGUUGUGAUAAGUUUGGGUCCUGGUUCUGGUGGUGGGUAUGGCGGCGGAGGCGGUGGUGGCGGUGGCGGAGGCGGUGGUGGUGGUGGAGGUGGUGUUGGUGGUGGUGGUGUUGUAGCAGGAGGUGGCGGUGGAGCAGACGCGGCAGGAGCCAAUCCCAUGUUGAAGCCUUCAAAUUGGAAAACAAGAAUUUGUAACAAGUGGGAACAAACGGGAUAUUGCCCGUUUGGUAGCAAGUGUCAUUUCGCUCAUGGUGCUGCAGAACUGCAUCGGUAUGGUGGUGGGCUUGUUGAUAUAGAUGCUAAAGAUUCUCCAACUUCAAUGGAUCCAAACAAGCAAGGGCUGAUGACGCCAAAGACACCUGUUGAACCGGUUGUAGCUGCGGGUCCAACAGCGGCUCAUUUGGAUGGUUAUCAUGUUGGAGCUCCUUCUCGGCUUCCAGGUGUUAUUCCAAGGACUGGACAGAGACCCUUUCAAAAGUGGAAGGGCCCAGAUAAAAUUAGUCGUAUUUACGGGGACUGGAUUGAUGACAUUGAAUAAGUUGUGGGCACGAUUCGGUUUUGUAAUUGUUGAAGUUGGUUUCUGCAUUCUGGUUUAAGAUUGUUAUAGACUGGAACUGUUUGCUUGGGCUGGAUGGUCUAUAAUACUUUAUUACUUUGUUGUUACUACAUCUUACUCCUUACUAGUGAAUUAGAUUCUAAUGUUAUGCAUU